AAGCAGCAACACCACACACCGGGGCUGAGCAAGUGGGUGACGAAGAGCAAUCACCACCACCAGGAAAAAAUACCAGGAGCGAUAAAAUGCACGGACUACAAGGGUGCAUCUGACUGUCAGUUAGACGUUUGAGCAUUUGAGGGUUUGGUCCAGGCAAGGUCUUUUGGGGAACAUUAGCUUAAUACAAUGAAGGUCCUCCUCUGUCAGGCCGAGCUUUCUGGGUUUUAGUCAGUUGGAUGUAAUUCCCAUAAUUCCAGGGAUGGCUAGCUGAGCUAACUUAGCUAGCUAACAAUUAGCCUGCCCAUUUAGCUACACUGGUCAGUAGGUGCCUCCGUCUGCAAGAGGAUAACUGCCCAGAGCGCAAUUGUAAAGCGAUAUUUUGAGUCUGGUUGCUACAAGGGUUAUCGUUAGUCGAGUGGUAAAGACAUUGUGCUAACCUAUGUGUUUGUUCAGUAGAUGGACAGUUUGACGGGCGCUCAUUGUCACUGCGCGGGCGUACAGUGUUGGUUUCGGGGCGGCUAGCCUUGUACUCGGCCACCGGGCCACCAGCAGAGGAUUGUACUAAUGUGGCAGCCAGUAGUGUCCCGCUGUCUCUGGGACCCACGUCGGUAGGUGUUUUUUUUAAUGCUAAAUGCAUCAAAUAAAAAUGGUUAUUUACACCUUAGGUAAUCAUCCAAGAUGUUUGCGGACAUGUUGCAUUGUACAUUUUCUGUGAUCAGCUGUCAGUUCCUGUAGCCCGAGGACUUACAAAAGACUUUGACUGAGCUGUCCCAUAUUUUGACAGCAGUUCAUCAACCAUCAACAAGAAGGCCAGAUUCUGCAGCAAGCAUUUCAAGUUCGAUUAUUGGCUGGAUAUAACUUGUUGGAAACGGACUGUUGCUCAUUUAUUUGAUACUUUGUGUGAGGUGUAGCCCGGCGCCCCCUUGUCAGACGGGCUUUUCAGCUCAUGCGGUGAUGACUUUAGACUCCAUGAUGGCUUGUUGCCUGAGUGAAGAGGCGAAGGAGUCCAAACGAAUCAACUCUGAGAUCGAGAAACAACUCCGGCGAGACAAGAGGGAUGCAAGAAGGGAGCUGAAGCUUCUUCUGCUGGGUACUGGAGAGAGUGGCAAGAGCACCUUCAUCAAGCAGAUGAGAAUAAUCCAUGGGUCAGGCUACACAGAUGAGGAUAAGAAGGGCUUCACCAAAUUGGUCUACCAGAACAUCUUCACCUCAAUGCAGGCCAUGAUCCGUGCAACGGAGACCCUCAAGAUCCCGUACAAGUACGAACAGAACAAGAAUAAUGCCCAGGUGGUACGGGAGGUGGACGUGGAGAAGAUUUCAUCAUUCGAGCAGCCGUACACAAGUGCGAUAAAGAUGCUUUGGGCUGACCCUGGCAUCCAGGAGGCCUACGAUCGCAGGAGAGAGUACCAGCUCUCCGACUCAACCAAAUAUUACCUUAACGAUUUAGAACGAAUAGCAUCCGCUGGGUACGUGCCCACUCAGCAGGACGUGCUGCGGGUGCGAGUGCCUACCACUGGCAUCAUUGAGUACCCAUUUGACCUAGAGAAUAUUAUCUUCAGGAUGGUGGAUGUGGGGGGUCAGAGGUCUGAGAGGAGGAAGUGGAUCCACUGCUUUGAGAACGUCACCUCCAUCAUGUUUCUGGUGGCGCUCAGCGAGUACGACCAGGUCCUGGUGGAAUCGGACAACGAGAAUCGUAUGGAGGAGAGUAAAGCUCUUUUCAGGACCAUCAUCACAUAUCCAUGGUUCCAAAACUCCUCCGUCAUCCUCUUCCUCAACAAGAAGGACCUGUUGGAGGAGAAGAUUAUGUAUUCUCACCUGGUUGACUACUUUCCAGAGUUUGAUGGCCCCCAGCGGGAUGCCCAAGCAGGUCGGGAGUUCAUCUUGAAAAUGUUUGUGGACUUGAACCCAGACAGUGACAAGAUCAUCUACUCCCAUUUCACAUGUGCCACCGACACAGAGAACAUCCGCUUCGUCUUUGCCGCCGUCAAAGACACCAUCCUGCAGCUCAACCUCAAGGAAUACAACCUGGUGUAAAAAGAUAAAUGAAUGAGAGAGUGAGAGCGAAAGUCCUGCACACACACACACACACACACACACACACACACCACACACGCAUAAUGCAGAGUCCACUUUUAGAAACACGCACAUCUGCAUGAAACACACUCUGCUCAAAGAGUUAAGCAUUGCUUCAUCCUUUACCAGACCAACACUAUUGAUGCUCUGUCCUUACGGUUCAGUUCACUUAGCACCUUGGUUUUCCCUUAUUUUAAAAGAAUGGUUAUCUGUUUCGUGGCUCUAAAAGUGGCUUGUCUUGUGCAAACAAAGAUACAACACUCUCUCCAUUCAUUCCCCUCUCUUGAGGUUUUGCUCUGCUCCGGGGCUCCUCUUGGUCCUCGUUCGAGCUUGGGCGUUGCUAACGUUUUUUUCUCUUCUUUACACUACAGUAUCACCAGUGCUUGUGUGUUUGAGGUGGGUAGAGGGCCUUCUCUGGGUAAAAAAAGCUUUUUCUUAUUUAACCCGUGCAUGCUACACACUACAGGACGAGGGCAUGAGGCUAGGCUGCAGACCCUGGACUCUGCUUCUCUGCAAAGGGUAACUAGUUAUGAUUAUAGGAAUAUAUUAUCAGGCAGUGCAGGGGUGCAGUAAGGUACUCGGUUCCCCUGGGUCUUGAUUCGUGUAUUUGAUUUUUGUUAACCCUGCCCCAAAUCAGAGCACAGAAGCUCUGUUGAAUGUAAAUCAAGUUUUCAUGGGCUAGACAGAGAUGACUACACGUUCUCUCCAAACCGGAAAUAGUUGUAGCUAUGUUGUUCUUGGUUAUAUUAUUACUGCUAUUGUUCUCCAAUUUAAAAUUGAAUUGAAGAGGACUACUCGAAGGAAUCCAACGCUCCUCUUACACUUACCCUCAUUUUUAAGUGUCAACAUACAUCACGAAACAGAAUUAAGGUUAACACUACUGGUAUUUUCACACUCCUGUCAUUUUGUCUUAUCGCCAAAUUAAAAGCACCUAUGUUUGUUUCUGUAAAUAUAUUUACUUUGCCAGUAUCCUGUUCAUCCCUUACCUGAUUCAGAUACUAACAAAGCCUAUUAGAAAACUGGUAUUGGCAAAAUGAAGUGCUUAAAUAAUCAAGUGGAUCAUUCAGAUGUUGAUGGCAUAACAACUCACUUUGUGUGAAUGUCAACUGUUGAAUGUCUGAAUCAAACAUGUAUUCUUUGCUCCCUUAGAUGGUGCCAAUAAUCUCCCUGUACACAAUGUGUGAAUGAUAAUACCAGAUUAGUAAAGUGCAAUAGUCAGUUGUAGAUGAAAUAGUGUUUGCGCUGCCAGUUAGCUUAAGUUACAAAUUGGUCUAAAUCAUCCAUAUGGCUUUUCACCGUAAUCCACUUUAUUUUGCCAUAUUAUUCGGCUAACCUUUUGAUAAACUGUAAUGAAUUAGCAUAUAGUAAAUAGUUCUUUUUUGUAUGUCUAAUUUAUCAGUCAGAUCCACGUAAGAUUUUAUACUGCUGUAAAAUAUCAAAACUAUUUUAUGGACACGUGCUAUCUUUCUAAUGAUAUUUCAUAUAUUGUUGCAGUUCUGUUUUAAGAUGCUUGGCAAUGGGGGGGGGGGUGGGGGGGGACACUGUUUCCAUGUCGGGUUUGUGCUUUAUGCAAAUAGGAAAAUGAAAACAGACAAAAAACUUAGUGGUUGAAUAUUUACUGUUCAAGGGUGGUUGCAUUUUUUUGUUGUUGAAUUUUUAAGGAUAUGUGUUGGCUAUUGGUACCAAUCCCAUAUUGUGUCUCUUGCCUGUUAGUAGUUUAAACGUUGAUAGAUGCCUAUUAUUGUCCUCACAAUGUAAUUCAGGUAAGUUUUCAUAACUUUUUCAUCACAAGGGCUACUACUAGCAGCUUUGGUCGAAAUGAAAGGACUCUAUGGAAGGCAUAGAGCAAAAGGUGCAAUUAAUUAACAGGGGGGGGGGGGGGGGGGGGGGGGGGGGGCAUGAAUCAAGAGUGUGUUGACAUCCUGUUGAGGGUGGUUGCCGCAGGUUCAGUGAGGGAGGAAUGCAGCCAUCCACAGAGGCUUCAUGACAUUCCCAAGGGAGGUCUGGUGGCUGUUUGGCUCUUUGUUCACUAUCUUGUUGCCUUUAGAGGAGGAGAAGGGCUAACGUCAAAAGAAAUGGGGUUUCCCAAGGUGCAAUAGCACAUUUUUAGUGUCCUGGCUAUUGUUAAUCUAACCAUCCUUUAACACUCAUAUAAAUUCUGUGUUGAUCUUCUUGGCUUUAUAUUUUCCACUAUGUGGCUAUGCAUAUUUGGUUUAUCUUCUCAUUGGUAGUGUUUUCAUGUUUGGCUUUGGCUGUGUCGGAGUCAGAAAAAGAGGAGUGCUCGGGACAUUUUGACCUUUUUGUGCACAUUGAAAGAGCUGGAGGAUUAAACAGUAAAGAAAUUAUUACAGAUCCUGCUGUACUCCCUCAAUGUCUCAAACUGUUUGCCAAAAGGUUUAAAAUUAAAAAGACAUCUUAUUCUCUAUGGAAAAGCUGGAUGUUCUGCUGAGUGCUAAGGAAAUGCACUCACAUUGUGUAUUACUUGGCCUUGAUUUUAGUCACAUGCACCCAGUAAGAGUAAUCUUUACAUUUCUUGGGCAAGUGUGUACAUUGUGUUGAUAAAGCCAUUAUCUUGUGUAUUUUGUGCAUCCUAAAACACUUAAGGAAGGGACAUGUAGGCUGAGUGCCAUGAUUUAUAUGAGUUGAAACAAUAUUGGAGAUGUUGCAAAGCUCUGACUGACAAUUCAAGUCAUUUGGGUCUGAGAUCUUGUUUUUCAUGUAGUGGUAGUGGGUCGAUCAUUGGUGCGUCAGACAACAUUUAAAGGCCUUUGCUUGAUCAGUAUGUCCCGUGUAUAGCUUUAUGAUUUUCACACACGCUAACACAAAUUAAUUUUUUGGAUGUCACCAUACAGUACACUUUUUUUUAGUUUUAAAUGAUUAAAGCUUAUGUAUUAUAAUAUGUGGAUAAAUAAACUAGAUGACAGAGUUUACCCACGCUUGGAAAAGAGUAUGGUGUUCUGCUUCACUGCUAUCCAUUUCCCUGAAUGUGGCUUCCAACCUUAAGGGCAGGUGUGCGUGGGGUCUUUUACCUUCCAUUUCUUAUAGAUGAGAUGUUGUGCAGCAAAUGGACUUGAAUGGACUGCUAUGAGGAUGAUAAACCAAAUGAAGGUGACCACUGCAGGGACUGGUGUGAGCGUGAAGUUGUACUCUUUAAAAACGUUAUUGCAUCAGUGUUCACAUGCUGAUUACAUGUGAAUGUCAUGCCUUGUCUGCUUAGCCCCUCACAGCCGCAUGGCCAACACAGAAAAAGUUACAUUGUUACACUACCAGCGAUUAGAGCCAACAGCAGAGCUGGGUCAUUUAUUGAAAAAUUCUUCCCACUGAUUAGUACUGUAUUAGCUUUAUUCAGUGUAGAACGCAUUGUGCAAAUUCACAAUUUGUCGUACACUGUCCCAGAGAUCUGUGGUAAAAAACAAACGGCUUUUGUCAUUAUGGUGUAUUUUUAUUUUUUUCUCCAAAUGAAGCUUGUGUGUUAAGCCUCAGUAUUAAUGUAUUUAUUGAAAUACUUGCCAAGUGAAGGUACUGAAAUGGCCAUUAUAAUAUUUUGCUGGUUAUAAUCGCGAGUGAGUGAAUGAACAUGCUGUGUGUUUACAUGUCUGCCAUUCUCCGCUCUCUUCUUUUUUCCCUUACUUGAUUGGACUGUGUAUUCUUUCCCUGGGUCGAAGGCACUGAAACUGCACCACUGCAAUGGGCCUGCAUUCAUGCAACUUAGAUGUCCGUUCAGCUGCGCUCGUUGGUACUCUGACGUGUGUGUGCGUGCGUGUGUAUGUAUGUGUAUACUUUUGAUGGCUAUUGUUUAUGCUUGAGAUCCAUUCUGAUUAGAGGCAUGGACCUACGGUAAUAUUAAAAGCUAUGUUUGCAUCUUUUGUUUCUUUUGUAAGGUUGACACACCUUAACACAUGUAUUUAGGACCACUUAAGAUGACACUUUUUUUUUUAAGAGUUCAAAUAAACUUUGUGUAGUGGUGUACAAAUUGAAAGUAAUGUAUUUUUGUUUGAUCUUUUUCUUCUUUUUUUUAACUAUACCAAAUGUAAAUUAUGUACAAUAAGUGUGCCAAUCCCCUUUCUUUGUAAAGCCCAACUCUUAACAAGUGCCAAUGUUGUGAAAAAUGAAGGGGCCUGUGAAUUUCAUGGUCCAGUUUUUAAAACAAAUAAACACUUAAGUAUGUGAUUAAUAAACAAAAAAAGGACAAUUUUAUUCUAUAUUUAAGAUUAACAAUAAACUGCUGUUUUUAAGAUAAAUGUCAUUUUAAUUGCAUGUGUUUGUCAGGUUAGGGAGAGGGUGGGUGGGUGAGAUACUGUAUUCAUGCAGCACCCUCGUGAAAAGGGUCCUUACGGUUAUUGAUUUACAGUAUUUUAGCCAUAUUUCUCUUUUGUAUGUUUCAUUUCAACCACUGUUGCCUGAACCUCAUUCAAACAUGAAAAUGAUUUUCAUAGCCUUCUCCUUUUAAAUGUUUUAAAUUGGAAUAAAAUAUGUUCCUAUACUCUC